AUGGCAUGGAUACCUCAGGCAGAGGAACAGCACUCGUCACAACCCCUGCGAGAAGAAACAAGCACAGUCACGCCGGAGUCGGAGAUGCAAUUAGUUGUCCAUCCCCACGUCUCUCUGGAAGAGCCAAAACCUCAGAAAAAACCAUCGAAAUCUAUCAAACUUUUCAGGCGCUUUCGUUUGGUGUUCAGGGCAUUCCCCGUCAUCACACCCGGCUGUAAGAUGCCUAUACAUCCCCGCAAGUCCCAUGAAGACCACAUACGUGGAGGAAUUCGUAUGACAGGCACCCUCUUUGGAUAUCGCAAGGCUCGUGCCAACCUCGCCAUCCAAGAAAGCUCCAGGUGUCUUCCCAUGCUCGUACUUGAGCUUGCUAUCCCCACAGCCAAGCUGCUCCAAGAGAUGGGAACGGGCCUCGCCAGGAUUGCGCUCGAGUGCGAGAAGCACGCUGCAGAGAAGGCAAAACGACUCAUCGAUGAGCCUGUCUGGAUUAUGUUUUGGAACGGCAGAAAGGUGGGCUAUAGUGUGCGGAGAGACCCAACAGAGAAUGACUUAAACGUCAUGCAACUGCUCCAUGCUGUGUCAAUUGGUGCAGGUGUGCUACCUACAGACACAGCGGGCUCGCCAGAUGGAGAGCUAGCCUACACCCGAACGCACAUUGAGCGUGUGGUUGUGUCCAAGGACUCCGAGACAUUCUACAUGAUGAACCCAGAUGGCAAAAGUGGCCCCGAGCUCAGCAUCUUCCUUAUCAGGAUCUGA